GCAGCCAGGCCCCCGACCCCGCCUCCUCCCGUACAGAACUGGGCCGCUAUUCCCGAGGGUCUCGAGGGUCUGGGUGCAGCUUUCUGUCGGAGCCGCGCCGGAAGCUAGGUGGGCCAGGGAGUCGCGAAGCUGAGUUCCGCCAUGGCGCACCAGGUGCCCAUCAGCUUCAAGGACCUGGCCGUGCGGUUCUCUGAAGAGGAGUGGCGGCUCCUGCAGGAGGGGCAGCGGGAAUUCUACAGAGACGUGAUGCGGGAAAACUACGAGACGUUGGUGUCUGUGGGGACUGCUGAGCUGCUUCCUCUCUCUGCUUUCCUGUCACCCGCAGAGUCUGGAGGAGGCACAGUGGGAGAGAGCCAUGAUAAGGGACAAGAACCCCCUUUGGAGCAUGGUCCUCAGGGAGAGCAACCGCAGCAGAGCCUACACCUCACGGCCUUGGUGCAGCUGGUGAAGGAGAUCCCGGAGUUCUUGUUUGGGGAAGUGAAGGGCACCGAGGACUACUCCGAGAGUGGGAGCACCAGUCUGGAUGGGGAGCAAACAAGCCCUGAGGUAGCUGUGGUUAUGGAAACUUGCCCUCCCCGAGGCCUGCUCAGUUCUCUUCUGGAGAGCUCUGCAAGCCACCCCAGCCUGGCCACCACACCCACAGGCAGCUCAUCUUCCAGUGGCCGUCCUGGAGACUGGGCACAAGGAAGCCCCCUACCUACUAUAGGAAUUGCUGAUAAACCACUGUCUAUAGAGAAGGAAGGCGUAGGAGCCUUGGGAGAGACGUCCAUUCCUCCCACUCAAAGCCUGGAUCAGAGCAAGAGCCGCCUAGGCCAGGAUACAGGCAGCAUGGGAACAGGAACCUCUCCCGAGAACAGUCCCUUGCAAGGCCUCAUCAACUGUCUGAAGGAGAUCCUUGUGCCCCUGCCCCAGCUCCGGGGGACAGCCCCAGAUUUGUCAUCAUCUCUCCCUGGCUUGAGUGUGUUGAAACAGACCAGAGCUGAGGUGGAGGCGGGGAGCCUGCCUUGCCCGGUCAAGACAGAGGCAGCAUCCGGGGAUUGUCCCCUUCAGGGCCUGCUGAACUGUCUGAAGGAGAUCCCAGAAGCCCCGGGCAGGCGUCCCAGCCCCUCAGGAGCAGCGGACCUGCGGCUGCAGGAGGAUCCAGGGAAAAGGAAUUCUGGAGGGAUGAGAGCCCUCCAGACUCCUCCCCAUCCCGGUCAUGCAGCUGGCAGCGUGCUGGCCAUGGUGAAGGUGGAAGAUGGCUGGGCCCAGAGUCCCCCAGUGCCAGCAUCCUGCCAGCUUAGCAGGCAAAGCCACAGUCCCUAUUCCACUGGAGACACCAGAGAGGUCCGUGUGCCCCGCUGGGGCCCCUUGACUCUAGCCAGCAGGGCCUCAAGCUCACCUCUAGAAGCUCUGGAGGCCUGUCUGAAGGGCAUUCCUCCAGGUGGGUUAUCACCUCUUCAGUCACUAGCCAUCUCAUGGUCCAGAAGUCCCCAGCCAGGAGAUGCUGGGUCUCAGCGGUCUGAGCUACAGCCGCAAGGAUCUCACAGUGAAGGAGCUACAAGGGAGCCACUUCUGCCUCUGAGCUUGCAGGGCUACAUGAGAGAAGGACCUGGGAUUCAACCCUGUGGCUCCCAGGGUACCCCUACCAGCUUCUCCUCAGCCAGCAGCAGUGAUGGGGAUCUGGAUUUUGGGAGCCCCAGGAGCAGCCAUGGACAACGGCUUGGGAAAGGGUAUCCACCGGGAAACUCUCCACUCCAAGGCCUGGAGAACUGUUUGCGAGAGAUCCCUGUUCCCAGGCCACAGGCUGCCUGGCCUUGCCCCUCGGCUGCAGACAGGGGGUUGAAGAGAACAGAGCCCAGGAACUGGGCUACAGACAGAGAAGGAUUGAGGGGCGAGGCAUGUGAACCACCUCACCUCAGACAGGGUCGGGCAGAAGUACCCAGCAGGAGUCUCCAUCGGGGCAAUCCACAGACCUGCACUCCCACCUGCCACCAGCUGAUCACCAGGCCGGGAACAUGGCAAUGGCCACAAGAUGAGACAGCCACCAUGCCCUCCCCUCUGCACCGCCUGGAGAACUCUCUGAAGGGGAUCUUGCCCAUGAGGCCCUUGCGUUUCACCUGCGUGACUGGUCCCGGCCCCAGUCCCAGCCCCUGCUCCAGUUCCAGCUUCAGCAGCUCUGAUGGAGAAGACCAGAGGCCAGAGCCUGCAUUCUGGCAGCCACCCCCCAAGAAGAAAGACCAGCUUCCCUCCUGUAAGGGUCCUGUCCCUCAGUGCCCUGUCUCAGGAGCAUCCCCAAGAGUCGACAACAGUAGCUGUCUUGCUGAUGACCCUGAGAGCACAGAGCACAGGGACUGCAGCAGCCUCAGUGCAGGAAGAGCAGAAGGCACAGAAGUUAAGUCCCACCCACCCAGAAUAGAAGAGGCUGCAGAGCUCACCUGCCCACCUGGCCCUGUCUGCAGUGCCGAAGAAAAAGGAGAAGGAAAAAGAGGAGAAGCAGCGGGGCACCCACAGCCUGCCACUCAGCUGGAGGAAAGGCCUGAGCCCAAGGGUUCUGAAGACCCCAGGGACCCAGCGCCUGGACCUGGGCAACCUAGUGCUGCAGCCAGGACCCAAGAGGAGCUGCCCACUGGGGACCCUCCAGAGCCAUCCAGCAAGUCUCCCCUUCCCACGUCUAUCUUGUCAAAGUGGCCACCCACUUCUCUCCAGCCACCAUGCACCUGUGGCAGGUCCCUGCAGCAGGAGCUGCACAACCUUGGUACUGCCCUCACAGACAAGCUGGACCAGCUUGCAGCAGCCUUGGCGGGCCUGUCCCAGGAAGUGGCCACCAUGAGGACCCAGAUGGAUCAGCUGGGAAGGCGCCCAUGGAACCUUGGACCAAAAGGCCGGGCUUCCUGGCAGUUGGCCCUCCCCCAGAGACCUCGCUGGGCCAAUAGACUGAACCACAGACAUCUACCCUACUGGAGGCAGAAGGGCCCCACCAAGCCCAGACCAAAGAUCCUGCGAGCCCAGGCAGAAGGUUGCAAGGCCAGUGACUGCCCAGAACUCUCUAGAGGGAAGGACAGUUUGGUGCCUCAGUUGCCUCCAGAUGCUUCCUUGGUAGACUCUCCCAGGCCCACCUGUAGUUCCUCCCAGCAGAUCUCCUCUGCUGGAGGCCACACUGUGCUAACUGCACUCCCCCUUCUGGAACACACCGGAUGCCACCAGAAUCCCCUCUCCCCCUCAGUGCCUACUGCCUUGGUCCCCCGUGUGGCCUCACCAGCAGCCCCUGCAGACGCAGAACCUAGGGCUGCUAGAGUGGCAGCAAUCAGCAUUCCAAACCAGCCCAAGGAACCUAGCAGCCUUCUAGGGGGAGCGCUCAGCAAAGACCUCUGGGGAGGUGACCACAGAGAUCCCAGGUGGGGGGCCCAUUAACUGUGCCGCUUGUCUGCCUAGCCUCACUGGGGAUGCUGGGUGGUGGAGAUGUCCUGGUGGGACCCUCUGGGCUCCAGCUGUACCAGGCUACCUGCUUCCCAGGGGUCAUAUCUUCCUUCUCUCCUGUUCAGCCAGCCCUCUCAUUGCUGCUUCACGUCUGGCCCUUUGCCUCUGCUGUGCCAGGCCCCUAUGGUGUCUGCACGGAGCCACCAUAGAGGCAUUCCUCAGCCAUACCUCUGGCUUUCUCAGCUCAGGUUCAGCCAGCUGCUCUUCCUCCCACUUUGCAGAGCCACCUAGGAUCCAGGUGGGUGUCGUGUGUACCGCAUGUGCACGGAGCCAGCUGUAGAGAGCACCACGGGGGCACCGUAAUCUGAUUACCUGUUCCUGAUCUCAAGGACACUAAAAGGCUACCCUUUGUCUGUCUAGAACAAAUACUUCACAGAUCUCAUUUAGGGAGAGUCUGGCCUCUGGUCUAAGCCCAAUUAACCCCACAUGGAUUCUAAAAUUAAAUUUAUUAGUUGCCAAGAAAAGGGCACUGGUUUCUAGGGAGAGGUGCUCAAAGGGGCCGACACUCAGGCAUGGUUGCCUGGAUGGUCACCCGGACUUACAUACACCUGAACACGUGCAGUGUGGCUGAAGACAGAAUGCCGCAGGUUCCCUGGGAAGAGUUCUGCACAUGUGCCAGUCUCUUAGGCUGUAUACAAAGUCUCACAGUUAGUCUGGGCAGCUUAGAUCAGGAGUCCCAGAUCCAGGUCCUGUCAGGGUUGGUUCUGCAGGGGACCUCUGGCUCUGUUGAAGGCUCUCUUCGUGUUCAAAUGCAUCUUCUAGGAGUCUUUUCUCCAAAUGCCCCCUUGUACCAGGACACGGGAUGUUUUGGAUGGCAUCCAUUCUCAUUUGAACUUGAAGACUCUAAGGAACAUCACAGUCUGAAGUGCCAGGGGGGAGCGACAUGGUAUCAGCCUUUUGACAUUGUUGCACAGCUUUGUCACCCAGAAAGUUCACAUUCAAGAGCCAGACAGUUGAGAUUAAAAAAAAAAAAAAAUCAGAAAGGAAAUCUGAUGUUUGAAGUGUGUUUAGAGUUUGCAUUGGGCUGCGUUUGCAGCAUUCCUCAGCUACAUGCGUGACGGGUGGGCUGCAGGUCAGAUGUGCCCUUUAGGAUUAAGACAUCAGCAUGUGAACCAGGAGGGUACCGUCCAGCUCAUAACACACCUAUGAGCUGUGCAGCCGUGGGUUAGCCUGCCUGACUGAAUGCCACCCCAUCUCUCUGCCCUGUGCAGCCGUGGGUUAGCCUGCCUGACUGAAUGCCACUCCAUCUGUCUGCCCUGGUGAGGUGCUGGGUGCUAGACCACAGCUAACCCCAUAUUCCCUCGCCUCAUGUCCUUCAGAGUUGACCUGAAUUCAUUUUGAACAUGAGGCCGCAGGAGCUGUGCCCAUACCCAUAGGGUUGGGAAGGCCAGGGCCUGGGCUGCCCACUGAAGCUUAGGGUGGCAUGACCUUGUCUGUGACAACCACAAGUGGGGGCCAGACAAGGUCUCUCCCCUCCUCUUCAUCGAAGUGGCCAUAGGCCAGGCGUGGAUGGGGAUCCUAUUUCCUUGGGCUGAAGAGUGGCUGAGUCCUCACUGAGCAGACCAAUGGAAAGCUGGAGGAGGUAGCCACAGGGGCCAUCAGUGACUUCCUACAACACCCUUGGAGCUACUGUUCGACCGAAGGAGCAUCUGCCACUGGUGCUGUGACUUGUCUGGGCUGGCUGGUCUCUGGAUUUCACAUGUGGCUCCUGUAAAUAAUCCAUCUUGACAGUGUCUCUGCUGAGAGGCCUCAUUAGGUGACACUGGUUACAUUUACAGUUGAACACACUGUUGAUACUUUUUGCCUUGUCCCACUUUAGAGCUUGGGGUUGGCUGACUGGGUUUGGUUUUUGUUUCCUCCUUCCCUUUCUCGUUUUAGAUUGGUUGUAUGGGCGUGUUGUUAUUGUUGUUAAUUUUUUUCAUACUCAUUCCACUUCUCCCAAUUUUAUUCUUCCAAAGGACUAGAAGGAGAAACAUUUGAAUUUCACAAUCCUAUUUGAAGAUUUUGGUAUUCUUUUCUCAACUUGAUAAGACAAAUUAGGAAGGAAGCCAAACCUUGCUAAGCUGAUUAACAAAAUUGGCCCAGUUGAUGGGUGUAAACACAGCGCAGCACAGGACUGCUGUUUGCACAUACACACAGACCAGUACGGAAUUGACCCAGCCGAGUGAGCCCUAGAGCAAGUUCAAACAUGUAAAACAUCGAAAUCACAUGGAAUGCGUUUUCUGACCACACUUUACUUUCUAGACUAAAUAGCAAAUCCCAGACAUUUUUUAUAUAUUCAAAAAGGAAUGAUUAUUCUACAUGUAGAAGAUGACAACCAUCUAUAACCCCAGUUCCAGGGUGGUUCCACACCCUCUUCUAGCCCCCAUGGGCAUAAGAUGUCCAUAUGAUGUACAGACAUGCCUACAGGCAAACACUCAAGCACAUAAAACAUUAAGAAGAAAAAGAAAAGCUGGGCAUGAUGACACAUACUGUAAACCCAGCACUUCUAAGAUGAGACAAGAGCAUCAAGAGUUCAAGGCUAAGCUUGAGUACAUGGAAAGUUCAAGGAUAUCCUAGGCUAUGAGACCUCAUGUCAAAAAGAAAAGGAAGAAAAAAGCGAAAAGGGUGCACUACCACAGAGCCCUGAAGAAUCAAGGAUCUGGAGCAGAAGCCAGCAGGGAAACCAGGUAUAUGAAUUAGACAGAAUAUUCUGAGCAUGGAGGGGAGAGCGGCUUAACUGAAAGCUGUGACUCUUGAUAAAGACACAUUUAUUAAAUCUUGACAAGGACACAAACUGGAACUAGUUGUCCAACCUCUCCAAGAGUCCUUUGCUCUCCUGCAGCCUUGGUGACCCAAAGAUGAUGCUGGGUACCAGGAGUGAAUUUACAGGAGGCCUCUGCGGGGAAUCUCACACAAGCAAAGUGUCCCAGCUCUGAGAUGCUGUCAUCAGAAGAUUGUUCUACCCACUCGUUUCCAGAUGCCACCCUGUUGCACUCAUUUUAGAACUGUUUCAUUGGGGUUCCUCUCCCAGCCACCAACCCUAGGUGGGAGAGACAUUAGUGGGGGGGAGGGGCGCAGACCCUUUUACUUCUCCUGCUGUUUAGGGUCAGCGGGUUCUUUCGGGCUUAGACCAACCUCCAUCAACAGCAGACUCAGCAAGCAGUCUCCUUCAAGCCGCUGUGCUGAAACCUUUCUCUCCGUCCGUCUCUGGUCUCUCCACACUGCCCCUCACCACAUGCCAUGUCACACUUUCUCUCUCUCUGGGAUCUCAUAUUUAUAUCCUCAGAGACCUAGACCACAGCCCUCUCCAUGCCACACUAGGCAGGCCUUACCACCUGGGAAUGACCAUAUCCCACACCAGACAAUUAUCAGCUGUGGACAAACUAAAGCCCAAACUAAAGUCCCACACUUGGGAUUAAAACAAAAACAUAUGUACAUAACAUUGAGUUUUUAAAGAAACCAAAACUUC